CCGAGGUUGCGGCUCGUCGUUUCUACUUCGAUCGGUCGCUGAUAGCAGCACUGGUCGACCGUUGGAGGCCGGAGACACAUACGUUCCACCUACCGUGCGGAGAGAUGACCCCGACCCUGCAGGACGUCUCCUACCUCUUAGGCCUUCCUUGCGCGGGAGCUGCGGUUGGGGUGAUCGAUAUGCAGGCUGACUGGAUGAACGACAUGCAUCAGCGAUUUGGGCCGGUGGAGCGAAAGGCGGAUGCACCCCCGUACGUGCCUGAGUUCUUAGCCGAUGCACGAGGGCCAACGAAGAAGUGGAUCCUACAGUUCCAGCCGACGUACAUCCACCCACAAGCCAACGCAUACGCGGUCUCGAGACAUUUGGAGGCCUACCUCCUUUGGUUGUUUGGGUGGGUGAUGUUCACUAGUGGCCAAGGCCACCUGGUUACGAGGACCCUUGUGCCGUACGCCCGGUCGAUAGCGGACGCGCAUGCAGAGGAUGUACCGCAGUUCAGCUGGGCAUUAGCUGUUCUUGCUGCGACGUAUCGGGCGCUCUGCGACGCAUGCAUGAAGAAGGAGGCGCUAGCCACUUUUGCCGGGUGUCCACUUCUUCUUCAGCUAUGGUCGUACGAGCAUUUCGCCAUAGGUAGGCCGGUGGUGGAUCGCUCCCCGUACCCAGAGGAGUGGUACGGUCACAGGCCCAUCAGAAGUCACAAGCCCAAGUCAAAACCCUCUCAUCUUGGUCAACGAGCUGGUUCCCCUCCUUCCCCAAAACCCUAG